AUGGGGUCUGCUCCAAAUACGCAUAAUGCGAAAGCUCAACAGCUAUUUGAUGCCCUAACGGAAAGAACAAAGCAUCAAUAUAAGUCAUAUUAUGGCAGGUAUAUUAAAUGGUGUGAAGAAAAUAAACUAAUUUCAAAGUCUUUAAAUGAAAAUGAAAUAUUUGAAAAACUACCUCUUUCUUCAAUGUUGUUUCACUGUUUCUUACUUGAUCUGUAUAUAUCAAAAGAUUCCAAUGACAAUAAUGACAAAAUUACAACUACUAACGAUGAUAAAGAAAAUUUAAUUGCGGAAAAUAUAGGUGUAAAGCUCAGUACUUUAAAGAAAAUUAUUUCGAGUUUGAAAUUCCUAGUAAGAGUAUGUACAGUCUACAAUAAUGAAAAUGUAUCAAAGGUAGAUGACAAAUAUUUAGAGAAUAUCACAAAAUUGCACUCAUCUUGGUAUGAUUUCAUAGAGAAUAUCAAUAAUACAAUAAACCUGACGAAUACAUACCCACCAUUAUUAAGGGUAUCGAUGAAUAUGUGGAAUCCUCAAACAAUAAAUUUAAAUGAAAAAGUGUUUAAAACCACAUCAGAGAAGUUGAAAUUCCUUAUUGAUUUUCAUUUUACAAACUAUUUGAAUUUAUCCUAUUCUGAAAGGGCAGAACUUAAACUUUCAGAUCUAACUACAAAUAAUGAAAAGAAUAUUAUUGAAAUUAAUAAACCUAAUGAUCCAUCACAGAUGAACCCAAUGGUCUUACUUCCACAAGAUUGUCCCUUUUUAUGUCCCUUGACGUCUUUAGCUGCAUCGUUAUUUCUAAGAUUUUAUGGUAUUAAAAAUGUGUACAAAGGUGACGGUUUCCCAGAUGUUUCAAAAAUAUCUAAGCCCUCCCAAAGUGAUUAUGAUAAAGAAGCAAAACUAAGUGCAAAUGUCGUCCAUUGGCAAGAUCUUCCCUUAAUUAGGGGCAAAUCACCUUUAGAUUACCCAAAGGAUGUCACAAUGAGUAGUUAUUAUAACAUGAUAUUCCGAUACUGCCAUUUACCAUACAAAAGAAGAGAAUAUUUUCAAGAUAGGCAAGAGGUCUUUCCAAAAUGGAAUAAACAAGAAUUCGAGGAGGAGAGUCAUCAAUACGAAUCAAUAGCAAAACAAUUUUUUAAAUACAACGUUCCUCAUGAUUUUAUAACAAUAUUGAAUCAUAAAUCACCUUAUAAUUCUUUUGAAUCCCUGAGCAAAAACUUUACAAAUGAAGAACAACUUCCAUCUCAUCUACUAGUUCAACUAUUCCCUGAAAUUGGGUAUUUCAAGAAUUCUGCUGAUAAUCUAAACAAAGAAGCAUUGGAAUUUAUUAAAGUAAUAGAAGCAUUAAGAAAUACUCUGUUGAAAAAUUUACCAUAUUUGUAUCAUUUUUUCCCUCAUCAUGAUUUGUUUAAUGAUACAAUCCUGACAAGCCCCGAAUUUCAAAAGUACUUCAAAGAAGUUAUAGGAAAGGUACAGAUAAGUAAUGGAGUGAAGCUACCGUUUGAACUUCUUCCAGGAUAUGAUAAUUUUACUGAAAAUGACCUUUACAACAUCUUAGUUGAGCCACCUUUUAGAACUAGCAAUAAUUCCAGUGGCCAAUUGGUCACUCUAGCUGCUACGUCAGAUAUUAAUCAAAAUGGUACAGUGCCUGAUAAUGGAAAAAAGUUGAUUGAUGGACUGCAAACAAUUUUUAACAAUAUAAAUAUCGAUGAAGAAUCUAAAAAACUAGCCAUAAAACAAUUGAAAUCAUUAGGAAAAAGUAUAUCAAUUGAGACUGAGCCUGUACAAAAAAGUAUUCAUUAUGUUAAAAAUGAAAACCAUGCAACAAAUGGUGACAACAUUAUAGGAGAUGUUAAAAAAGCACCUUCUAUUGGUUUGCUAGACUUAGAUUCAUCCUCCGAUGAAGAAUCGGGAAACAAUUUCUCCAAUAACGAUCGUAACUUUGGUAAUAAGAAAGUAAAUCCAAAAAUUAAUUACGAUGAACGUGAAGAUGAAUCAGAUGAUGGCGAUGAUAAUUUACAAGAAGAAAUGAGAUUUAUGAUCAAUGAAUUAGUGGGUGAAAAACUUAGAUCUACGAUGAAAGAAAACAUGGAUCGAUUUGAAGAGAAAGUUGAAAAAAUGAUAACAACUAUGGUUGAAAGGAAAGUAAAUGACAUAGUUAAAGAACAGCUCGAUGCCUUCAAGGAAGAAUUUAUGAAAUACCAGAAGAAGAGACCUAUUGGAGACGUUGAAAAAGAUAAUUCUCACAAUAUAUCAACAGAUAAAAUAGAAGAACCUGAAGUGAAGAAAACUACUCUAAAUAAAAAGAUGACUAGAUACGAAAGCAUUACGGAUGAGAAGAAUAAUAAGACUAUUUUUAAAAUCAACCCUUCUAUUACUUCAAUUGAAGACAUAAUUUAUGAAUGGUUCACUCCGAAUCCGAGUAUGGAUAACGAGUGUAUACAUUCAAUGAAUAAAAAAUUUGGUAAAAAUUGGAGAACUGAAUUUGAAUCGGUAUACAAACAAAAAAAGAUUAUUAUUGAAUUGUAUAUAUAUCUUGUGAAUCAAGUAGGAUAUGAGAAUAUUAAGGCAGUGCAUAUGAUAGAAACUCUCAGUGAACAGGUAUAUAAUAAGGAUACUUCAACUUACUCGAGAUAUGAAAUUUUGGCACAGUACCUAAAAUCAUGGAAAAGAAAGCACAACAAUUCUUUUGAAGGGUUGAAAUUGUUGCCUAUAGUGUAA